AUGGAGGAGCUACGGACGCUGCUACAAGACGCUGUAGAGGCUCAAGUUCAGACGUUACAGGCAAUAGUAAACAACCGACAGCAGAUUUCUUAUCUAAAGGACCCUAUACUGCUUCUCCUGGAUGUAUUAAGCCAAUGUGAGACAACAGAAUCACGAAAAGAGACGCUUCAAGUGUUACGUCAAGUAUUUGUCGCUUGUUCCACGUAUUUUUACGAUACUGAGGCCUUCCUGGAGGUUCCUACUGAAACUCAUAGUAAUGGUACAAGGGCUGGCAAUAUCGUACUUAGUGCGUUACUACGUACGCUCGAGACAUUAAGCCGUCAAGAUGAAGUGGACGAAGAGACUGGAAAAGCUCUUGUGGAAAUGAUAGAGACAUUGUGUUCACAUCAUAUGAACACGACGGACGUAGUGAAUAUAUUUGAUUUCUUACGUCUUGGUCGUCCACCAGCUCGUCGUUGGAUGUUGCAAAUGCUGAAAACGUUGGUGGAAAUGGAUACUUUGCCACGUGCAAUUUUUGCCAUGAGAGGAUCCAAUGCAGGGCUGAGUUUACCUUCAGAGCAUCCGUUCUUUACUAAACGAGGUUAUAGCUGCACCUUUGGUAUCUAUUUGGAUGCAUCUGCAUCGAAUGCAGCACUUUACAGCUUUUGUGGACGAAAUGGACACGGUGUAUCAGCGAUGUUACGAGACAACAAAUUAUUGGUCAAGAUGAUGGCCGGACAAGGUGUUGCUCAGCAAAUUGAAGUGCCCUUUGUGGCCUAUGUGGACAAAAUGAAGAGACAGUGGGUGCAUUUGUGCAUUGUGCACGCAAAGAGGAUGGUGUUUAAGGAUAAACUGACGGUGUAUGUGGACGGUAAGAGUGUAUUUAACGGGAAUUUAGGGUAUCCGGACCCACUUUUGAUGGUGGGUGGACAAAACAGCAUUGGAAUCGAUCCUCUUGUCGAUGGACUGAACGGAAAACUAUGGAGUCCAGCCCUUGUUGGUGUAGCAUUGUCCGAGGCAGAAGUGCAAAGAAUGCAUUGGGAGACCCAUUGGAAAAAUGAUCUGAACUCAGUUGUGGCUGAAAACGCAGGGCUUACCGACAAGUCCAAGCUUUCCUUUUGCUACGACGCUCGGAGUUGUGACUUGAAGGAGCGUAUUUGUUACGAUGUCAGCGGUAACGACUGUGACGGAUCGCUGGGGCCUGGCACUAGUGCAUUUGUCACUCAGACGUUCGUUCAUGCAAUGGAUUCUGUUGGUGGAUGUACCUGCUUUCUUUUACUUCUACUAGACCAGAUACCAGAAAUGGUGGAUUUUCACCCAGUGCACGAGUUCGGAAUGGCAGAAAUCUCUGAUCUUCUUGCAUUUAUUGGCGCCGGACUAAGUCAUAGCAAUGUGUGUAGGUCACACUUUGUUCGUUUACAGGGCGUGAGGGUGGUUGAGUUUUUCCUCCAGUCAAUCUCACCGAGCUAUUUAUCCGUGUCUUUGCUAAAUAGUGUGGUUUCAAUUUUAGAAACCAUGAUAGAUUUCUUGGUGAGCGAUGAAGAGGUUAUGGAGUACAUCUACCGUCUGCUCUUUUUCAACACGAGCUGGUUUCUUGCGCCAUUUGAUACACAAGUGAAGCUGCUGGGUGAGGUGCUACCUACAUAUUUGCAGAUGCUUCAAAACCCAAGUUUACGAAAACGCGGCCGCGUAUCUGACAUGGCAUCACCCUUGAGCAGUGCUGGGAAAUUUGUGGCCUCACGCGCCACAUCAUUGUCGGACUUUUCUUCUUCUUUAGAUUCUAAGGAUCAAGUCGAUGUGAGCUUUUUCUGCCGGUUACUCUCACAGGUAUACGUGCUGUGUGCCUCAUCGGAUAAAAACGAACGCACGACUGGCCGAAUGGAUUUGCUGCAGCUGGCUCAGUUGCGCGAGCUAGUUCUGUACAAGUUGGUUGAUCUCUUGCUCUUUCCCUUAGUUCAGCACGUUGGGACGUCCGACCAAUGGCGGCAGCUCGUAGCUUUUUUGUUUCGACAGUGCGACAUACGCACAACAGACUACUCGUAUGAUGGCGACAAUGCAGUCAUCGUGGAAAUAUUACGAUAUCUCACAUCAAAUCUAGCAUCGACCGAGCCUCGCAAAGAUGCGGUUGGUUUGCCCACUCGCCAAUUGCAAGUGACUACGAAUAUUUCCAAACUUUCAAUGGGGACAGUGCGUAUCCUAUGGAGACCAAUGCUAUCGGCAAACUAUAAUGUGCGCGUUGCUGCACUUCGGUUGUUUGAGUCAUACACAUCCGAGAAGGUGGUAUUACACAAAAGUGACAUGCUUAUGCUGUACGCGUCCUUUCAAGCACAUACCCUCACUGGUGAUAUUGCGGAUCUUCUGCUGGAUAUUGUAAUUGGGCGAAAAAGCUUGCCGCACGGUAAAUCAAGAACUUCCACAGAGGUGCGAACAGGAAGUUUCGCACGGAUGAUUUUCAUUCCACUAGUUUUGCUGGGCUUGAUUCAUAAUGCCAAUUUCGAUGUCCAAGCUGUCAUCCUCACUGAAAUUAGAAUCCAACUUGCCUCACCUACGAUGGGAGACAGCGUAAAAGAAGCUAUUCGGUCAUGGCCGUCCUGGUUGAGUCGAUUACGGGCACUAGCGCGUGGAGCGUCAGUAGCAGCAGCAGAUGUGAGCUCUGACAUUGAAACGACACGUGGAAAUAGUCCAAAAGAGUCAGCAGGGCUCAAUGAAGCAUGUAGUAUUCUUAGUGGUGAUUUCGUUUCUGCAUUUGAAAAGCUUGAAGCAUUACAAGUGAUUGCAGACUCUAGAGAUGUGUCAGGAUGCGACUUUGCGUUGUCUCUUUUACAGAACCGUAGUCAAGGCGAGGCUGUUACUACUGCCGUUAUUGCUAUGGUCAUCAAGUAUUUCCCGCAGCGCUGGUGUGAGUUAGUGGGCAAGCUUGCCAACCAGAUCAUUGUGGAUAUCAUUGUCUACUGUAUCCUCCACGUAAAAAAUGGGUGGAUGCAUUUUCUCGAGUUUUAUUUCCAUCAUUGCCAAGCCCCACCCGAUGUUUGCAGCUUGACGGCUGUAAUAUGCGAGCAAUUGGUGCGGCAAGCAAACCAAAAACCCUCGGUGGCUCGCUCUGAGAUUAUUCAGGAGAAUGUGUGUCAAGUCGCUGCAAUUGUUUCUCAGAGCUCGCUGGUGGCCACGAAGACGGCGGAGACUCUAAAGAUCAAUGAUGUAGUUCUCUCACAGGGCCAGCAAAGUAGUCUUACUCGUAACGCAUUUGAGCUUUGGCAACUGGUGCUACCUCAUCUAAGCCGAAUCAACUGGGAUGAUCUAGUGGUUGGCCUGAUUCAAACUGUUGACUACGGAUCAGGAGAUUCAUCUGAAGAAACAGCGAUUCUUACACACUUGGUGGCUCCACGAUCACGAUCACUUUUCUUGGCUCUACAGACGACCAUCCAGCAUAUGGUGCUUGCUCAAACGAGCAACACGAACGAUGUGGAACUAACUCGGAAGUUUUGCAAUGUACUGGAACGCUUACAGCUUAUUGGCUCUGUGCAGGUGGCUACUACGUCUCAACGUUCUAGCGGAUCGAUAUUACCUUUAUCGGGAUCGUCAUCAUCCAGGACAUUGUCAUUGCCAACCUCUGGAUCGGUACUAUCGGAUAUGGAGCUGUCGCUGGCUAGAUUGACGGAUGUAUCGAUGUUUUUCGCUACAAUACCAGGGUCAGAUAUAGAACCUGAUCGGGAUCUCAUUCACAUGUAUUCGCUGGAUUAUUGCUUCAUCAUUUUGGAAGCUUCACUGGAAAAAAGUGACAUUGAGACGGUUUGUUUGCUCGUCAAGGUAAUGGUGGCACUCGCAAACACAGCGUUGCAUUUACGCGACCCAAACGCGAAACCGGCACUUACGAAAACAUUGCAAAUCAUGUCUUCAACUGACCUAACAUUUUUUAACGAGCUGUCGCAAUUUCGCGAGCUUUUCAUGUUGUGGAAACUUCAUCGCGAAAAUCACCGCACUUGCUGUGACUCGCUUAUGUUUGAAGUUUUUGCUGAUCACCUGAAUGCUGAGUUCAUUCAAAAUUGGAUAUACACCAUGGAGCACCAUACCAUGGAAUUCAACCCAUACCUUAUUCAGCAGCACGCCACAUCACAAGCGAAACUGCUUGGAGAAGAACUCCAGCAGUGCGAAAAUAUGUGGAAAGACAUUGCCGAUGAAAAUGAAGUUGCUGAGGUUGUCGGAGCUAGUGAACAAGGAAUGGCAGAUAAGUCGCGGCUUGUGGAAUUGAAACGCAGCGCAGAAAACUUUGCGAGUAGUGUGCACAAGCUCCUUGCUCGGUCAAGCCGCAAGUCCGAGUCGCCAUCACUUUUCAGUAAAAGUAAAGGUGGAGUGACCUCCGUACUCGUGGCCGAAGAGUGCGAUACUCUGCAUCACGCAGAUAGCAGGAACGGGAUUGUAUGCAAAAUUGACUUCAGAGAGAACAACUUUCGCAUGCGCAUUCGCUUGAAGAAGGUACCCGAAGAUUACCGCACGCGAAAUUUGAGCUGCGAGUAUCCUGCAUCGUCUCUUACCGAUGCGGAAAGCAAAGAGAGUGGCAGAAGACUUGAUCGACGCUACUGUGGGUCAACUGAAGGAGGCUUGGUCGACUUGGAGAGCAGUCGACGGAGCGAUGCUGGAUCAGAUUACAAUGACUUUCUUGCAGACGCUCAAAUGCGAGCAGCAAUAAAUCAGUCACUAUCUAACUCCGGAGAAGGGGGAAGCGCAUAUGGUGGAGUCUUUGACGACGACGAUCUGGAAGGAGAUACCGGCCUUUAUGAUGCCCAGGAAGAAGACGAUCGCGUUCAACUCUCCCAUGAGUCACAGCUGGAGGACACAGAAGUUGUAGUGGCUGCACACGAUCACUUGGCAAAAGUAACGCUAUCUAGUGAUAAUACGGCCACUCCAGAUCAAUUGUCUGCUCUUGCCACACCAAUCGAUAGCGUUGGAAAGACCGAAAAGGCGGUGGUUGCAUCUGCGUCUGCAUGCUCACCAUCGCCCAUGGCUUCGCCGUCUCUAAGUGGUUAUUCUUUGGGGGCAUCUGUUUUGAACAUGGUUGGUGGAGUUGCUGAUUAUUUUCACAACUCCGUGAAAGAUGCAAAAGACGCCGUCGAAUAUGGUGCUGAUACUCUUUACACGACGAAGGAUGCAGCGUCUGAAGAAGCCCAAUCAUUGAUGCAAGAGGUUUCGCUGUACACUCAAGAAGGUAACGUGUUGUCCACUGAGAGCUUACAACCGGAUAUUUCAUCCUUCGAUCUCACUUCAUCGUCGCUUGAAAGGAUGAAGGUUAAGCCUACUUCUGAUGAACUGGAAGAUCGAGUCCCAGAGUUGCUUUUGUCAUCUCCAUCCACCCGAGAUGGUCAGCAAGGAUACGGAAGUAUAGUAAAGCGUGCGAACGCACGACCAGAGAUAGACUUGCAAGUCAAAGCUCAGCUUGUGCGGCAUUUGCAAAUCAUCGAAGGCAAACUUAUCUUGUCUACUUCUUCCGUUCGAUUCGUAGCUGAGCGAGUGAUUGACGAACACGGAUCUGUGAUUGUCGAGAAAAAAGCUGGUGUGCCAGUGAACCAAGCAUGGCGACUUCUGUUUAAACGGCGUCGAUGGAAAAUUGAUGACAUUGUGAAUCUCUACCGGCGGCGAUAUUUGCUGAAGCCAACGGCACUGGAACUAUUUAUUCAGUCCACUAGGAAAAACUACUUUUUUAAUCUGACAUCGGACACUAUUGUAUUAUUCCACGAGGCACUUAUGGUGCGUAAACCGCUUUUGCUGAAGCGAGAUCCAAGUGUUCGAAGGCUACGUCAUCCAAGCAGUUUAUUUCGCAAUUCUCCAUUGAGCCACCGCUGGGUUUGCCACGACAUUUCCACUUUUGAAUAUCUCAUGUGGCUGAACACUAUCGCUGGUCGAACCUACAAUGAUCUCACGCAAUAUCCCGUUUUCCCGUGGGUUAUUUCUGAUUAUGAGUCGGCAACACUGGACCUUGGCCGAAAAGGGACUUAUAGGGACCUCACCAAACCAAUGGGAGCUUUGGAGCCGACUCGCCUCAAAUUUUCUGUGGAUCGUUACAAUUCGUUUGAAGACCCUGACAUUCCUAAGUUUAUGUAUGGAACUCACUACUCGAACAUUGGUGCUGUGCUCUACUAUCUCAUCCGCUUGGAACCUUUUACGUCUUAUGCACUGAGCAUUCAGGGAGGCAAGUUUGAUCAUGCAGACCGCUUGUUCCACUCGAUUGAAGAAACCUGGCACAAUUGCCUGACAGACUACAGCGACUUGAAAGAGCUGACUCCUGAGUGGUUUUACCUGCCGGAAUUCUUAGUGAAUUGCAACGGGUUAGAAUUAGGUACGAGGCAAAACGGCACGAACGUCAAUGACGUCGUACUUCCUCCUUGGGCACGCUCGCCAGAGGACUUCAUAAUGAAAAACUUCGUGGCGCUGGAAAGUGAAUACGUGUCGGCCAAUAUCCAUCACUGGAUUGACUUAGUGUUUGGCUACAAGCAGCGUGGGGCAGCAGCUGUGGAGGCUAACAACGUGUUUUUCUACCUCACAUAUGAGGGCAUGGUUGACGUUGACUCCAUCGCUGAUCCAAUUGUGAAGUCUUCGAUGCGGUCUCAAAUCGCACACUUUGGGCAAACGCCUACUCAAGUGCUUCGCGAACCUCAUCCUCAACGACACUCGCUUGGAAGUGCCGCAGUUGCUGGAGACCCUGCGUAUCCAGAACCGUUUUCAUUACCAUCGGCUGACCGCAGUCGCGCUGUGUUCAAUGUCCCGCAUGAGGCUCCCAUCGUGCUGCUCAAAGUGUUCCCUGACACAUCGCUACUCGUCUGCGUGGAUAAUAAAGGUAUGCUUUCUUCUCAUCGAUUCGGACGGAGGUCAUUGAAACAGCAGCAUCCCCACCACGCGUCUAGCAAGUCAAAGGGAACAGUAUCUAGUUUUACCUCAAGUGGGGACCCAUCGAGCGAGUUUGUUGAGCUUCAAGACCGCAAGAGCCGAAAGGUGCUUGGCGAGAGACGCUUCUUGUCAGCUCAGCCAGGUGUCUCCAACAUGGUCGCAUUUCUUCAUAGUGGCAUGGUAAUAUGCACCGUAGGCCAUCACGACUUUUCAGCUCGUUUUUACUCCACAACGGAUGGGGCGCUGCUGUAUCGGCUUCUACAGCACCAAUCUGUAGUUACCAGCGCGAGUACGAGUAACUUGGGCACAGUGCUUGCCCUUGGUUGUACCGAUGGCACAAUCUCUGUGUGGAAAGUCGCAAGCAUGAAUUUGAAAUUAUUGAGCUCAUUCAAGAUCUUUCGCGGACCAAGUGUGAGCUCGAAGCCUGUUCAUGCCAACGAUUACUCGGCAGACCAAGUGUUGUUGGGACACAAUGCACAAAUUAACUGUGUCAGCGUGUCUGAUGAAUUGGGAAUUUGCGUCAGUGGAUCAGCGUCAAAUGAGUGCUUAGCUCACAACCUCGAAGACGGGUCAAUUUUUCACUCCUACAAAGUGCCUGGUCAUCUCGAGCCAGGGGUAAUUUCGCUUGCUUUGUCGAAUGUGGGUCACGUUGUGCUCCAGUCUAUGGGCACGGGGUCUCCGACGCUGUAUUCGUUUCACUUGAACGGCACAUUGCUGGCGCAGCUUGUGUUGGCCGAAAAACCUAUGACGUCUCUGAGUAUAAGUGCACGCUACUCAAAGCUUGUUGUAAGCAACAACACAAAGGCGCUUGUCAUGACUGCGCACUCGCUUGAUGACCAUUGUGUUUUGCUUGAUCGAGAUGACUAUGGCGAAAUUUCGGCACAAGAAUUGGCACCUAAUGAAAUGCAUGUGGUAUUUGGCGUGGGCAGUGGCAAGAUCGUUUGUGUUCCGCUCCUGUCACCCCACUCGCACUCGGACCAAGAUGUAGAGAGUGCACUGUAA